GCGCGUGGAGGCGGUCCGGCGCUGUUUUCUGUAAUCGCUUUUCUGUCGCUACCUCCAGUUAAAUAGCAAGGACACGAGAGCGAGCACACGGCCGUGGAAGGAUAUCUACUUUUUUACCUGGGAUUAUAACUCGGAUUGCCGCAUCGACGGCCAUCUUCAAGGGCCCAAGAUGUCCAGUGAAGCCCAGAGACCUGACGACAGCCCCAGCACCAGCGGGGGCAGCUCUGACCUGGAGGGGAACCAGAGGGAGUCGCUCCCGGUGGAGCAGGAGCGUGAACAGGCCCAGCCCAAGAAGAAGGAGACCAAGAUCUCCAGCAAGACCGCCGCCAAACUGUCCACCAGUGCCAAGAGGAUUCAGAAGGAGCUUGCGGAGAUCACACUCGACCCCCCGCCAAACUGCAGCGCCGGGCCCAAGGGAGACAAUAUCUAUGAGUGGCGCUCCACCAUCCUGGGCCCCCCCGGCUCAGUGUACGAGGGAGGGGUCUUCUUCUUGGACAUCGCCUUCACGCCAGACUACCCCUUCAAGCCCCCCAAGGUGACGUUUCGCACGAGGAUCUACCACUGCAACAUCAACAGCCAGGGGGUGAUCUGUCUGGACAUCCUGAAGGACAACUGGAGCCCCGCCCUCACCAUCUCAAAGGUCCUGCUGUCCAUCUGCUCCCUGCUCACAGACUGUAACCCAGCGGACCCUUUGGUGGGGAGCAUCGCCACACAGUACCUGACCAACAGAACGGAACAUGACAGAAUAGCCAAGCAGUGGACCAAGAGAUACGCUACAUAGGCUGCUACACGCUAGCCCCUCGCUCCCUCAAACACCCUUGCCCUCUCUCACUGUACCUCUCUCUACCUCUCUCACUCUCUCCUCUCUCCUCUCUCACUCUCUCUUCCCCGGUCUGUCAAAGCACACCCACUAAGUGCAACGAUGUAUACCUUGCCCUGCCCCUCCUCCCUCCCGAACCUUUCAUCUACCUUUUUUCUGUGUAAAGAACUGUCUUUUGUUCCUUGUUGACUUGAAAGCUUCUUUUUUAUACAAAGAGUAGAUUGGCAUUUUUAUUUUUCAACAUCAGAAUGUUGGAAGUAUUGUAUUAAGAAACAAAAAAAAUACACCUAUCAUUACACGUCGUCCUUCAGCUAUACAUAUGUAUCUGUUUUCUUAGUGGCACCUGGAACAAAACAUACAGAUUAUAUGCUUUUACUACUUUCGUUUUAGUUUUUUCCUGGCGCAUUUAAAGUUUUCAUUUUGUAUUUCUGUCAACAGUAUGUUACCUGCAUGAAUCAGGAGGAAUUGCAUCAAUGGAAGAAAAAAAAAAGUCAAAGCUUUUUCGACUCCCCACUGAUUUUGUUUGUACUGUAUGUAUUUUUUCAAAGGCUUUGGAGGCAGACCACAAAUGUAUAGGUCUGCCCGUGAAAGAGGCAGGACUUGUAUAUUUACUGGCUACCCGCCACCUCUGCAAUUACAGAGUGGUUUGUUGUGCACUUGUAUUACUGAAGCACCCAAUAAAACACAAUGUGGUUGGCUUGUGACAA